UCUCCCCAUGACUGCACUUGGACAUCUCUACCUCCUGAGAGCAUGCGGGGGCGCUCCCCUCCUCUUCAUUCUGGGGCUGCUGCUAGCCCUACCACCUGAAGCGCAGGGGCUCCCUGAUGUUGGCCUUUCACCCUCUGAUGCCAGAACUGCCCAUCAGCAUCUCCAGAAGCACUUCACCCAACACACUUUCAAACCUGCUGCUCACCUUGUUGGAGACCCCAGUACCCAGAAAUCCCUUUGCUGGCGAGCAAACACAGAUCGUGCCUUCCUCCACCACGGCUUCUCUCUGAGCAACAAUUCCCUCCUGGUCCCCAGCAGUGGUCUCUACUUCAUCUACUCCCAAGUGGUCUUCUCUGGGGAAGGCUGCCAUACCAAGACCAGCCCGCUCUACCUCACUCACGAAGUGCGGCUCUUCUCAGCACAGUACCCCAUUCAUGUACCUCUGCUCAGCACCCAGAAGUCUGUGUGCCCUGGGCCUCGGGGGCCUUGGAUGCACUCCAUGUACCAGGCGGCUGUGUUCCUACUCAGCCAGGGAGACCAGCUGUCCACCCACACAGAUGGCCUAGCUCACCUGCUCCUAAGCCCAAGCAGUGUCUUCUUUGGGGCCUUUGCUCUAUAG